GCAGAAUUUCUGUCGUUAUCUUCGUAGCUGGCGAUCAGAGCCCGCUAACGUCCUCGGUGAUAAGAAAUUCAGUUCGACGUCGCUCAGCCUAUUCCGACACACCUUGUGUCAAAUCGAAGCGGAGUACGUGCCCGGCGUUUUUAAAAUCGGAGGUUAAUUAAGGCGGGGCGGCUACGUCGCGCAAUUUUGAAUGAUAGUUAUCUGCUAUGGCGACUACCGCGGGCGACAGGAAGCCGACGGUUAUCAUUUUAGGAGGAUGUGGAUUUAUAGGGCGUAACCUGGUGGAGUACCUGCUGAGUAAUGACCUUGUUUCGUACUUACGAGUGGUUGAUAAAGUACCACCGCAGACAGCAUGGCUCAACGAAAGGCAUAAGGAAUUGUUUGAGCAUCCGCUGCUUGAAUUUAAAAGUGCCAAUUUAAUUAAUACAGCAUCUUGUCAGAGUGCUUUCGAAUCCGAUGAUGUUAUCGAUUAUGUGUUCAACUGCGCUGGUGAGACAAAAUGUGCACAAACCGAUCCUGUUUAUAAGGAAGGAAUUCAUAAAUUGAGUAUGAAUAGUGCUCAGCAUGCUGCUCAGCUUGGCGUUAAACGCUAUGUAGAGAUUUCGGCGGGCAAUCUCAGCUCUUCCGAAAAGGCGCCACAUAAAGAAGACGAUGCUUGCGAUCCAUGGACGUUUAUAGCGAAGUAUAAACUUCAAGUGGAACACGAUCUGAAGGAAAUUCCAGGAUUAAAGUUCACUGUACUGAGACCAGCUAUCAUUUAUGGUCCUGGGGACAGAAAUGGCUUAGCACCACGUUUGGUGGUCGGGGCAGUUUACAAGCACAUUGGUGAGAUGAUGAAGCUGCUCUGGGGCCCAGACCUUCGCAUGAACACCGUACAUGUAAGGGACGUAGCCAGAGCAAUUUGGCACGUUUCCACCAGACCCGAGACAAUUGGCCAAACGUACAAUGUAGUUGACGAAGGUGAUUCCACUCAAGGGUCGAUUAGCGCCAUUGUGUCGGAAUUGUUUAAUAUAAACCACGAUUACUGGGGCAAUACAUUAUCAACACUAGCAAAAACCGACAUGAGCACUGUCGUUGAGGAGGUAAACGACAAGCACAUGGGGCCAUGGGCGGAAGCAUGCAGUAAAGACGGAGUGGAAAACAGCCCUUUGUCUCCGUACAUCGAUCAAGAGCUGCUGUACAAAAAGCACUUGUACUUGCAGCCUGGAAAACUGACAUCAACGACUGGAUUCACGUACUUAUACCCGAAAAUUACUAAAGAAGCUCUCAAAGAGGUAUUAGAUGAUUACGUGGAAAUGAAGAUAUUCCCACAUUCCUUGGUACUGUGAUCAUCGGUGACCAGCACCGAUAGCCAGUGAAGCAUCACAAGCAAAAGACUCCUUUUAGCAAACAAGCUAUUAUUCUCCAAAGCAAGUUCUCACCUUGUGCCUAUAUCGUUUAUGAUAGAAUAUAUAUAAUUAUAUAUAUACGUGCGUGUAUAUAUAUAUACAUAUAUACACUUUGUUAAGCGGCCAAUGCCAAUGCGCGCACCGAAGGAUCGAAAAAUGACGGCUUUACCAUGGCAGGUGGAAAGUAGGAAUGCCUACGAUAGACCCAACUGCCCCAUGUGAUAAAACGUAGCAAUGUACUUAAUUUUAAUUCUAACCUGAGUUUCAGGUUCGAUUGGUCGAUUUACGCAGAGCGCUAGUCAUUGCAUUCUAUCGUGUUGCGAUUAGAAAUGAGAGAGGUUUUCCUUCACUAGGGAUUUCGUAGCGAGAGCACCUUGAGAGGUUAGGAAACCUGCGAUAAUUCGUAGUUCACGAAUAGAGACUCUUCCGAGCGUAGAAGCGACCAUGGAGGGCCUAGAACGAAAAGUCGACUAGCUGAAGCAAAAUCCGUACACGAGGGACGAUUUCCCUCGCCCUUUUCUACGAGCGAUUAACGGAAUCGGUUCUCGACUUCCGCGUCCACAAUUGUUCCGGUAUUUCUUCGCAGAUUCAAGGCCGCAAUGCUUGCGAUUAUCUAGCCGGUAGGCGCGGAAGUGAUAACGCGUUCGGUCAAGUACAAAUAGUAUUAACAUACGAACGAAAUUUACUCAUUCCUGACUUGCGCCGCGACGAACGUUUUCACGUAGACUUUAAGGUGACAUAAAAGUAUUAUAUGUACAUACGGAAACGUCAAAAAUAUUUAUAAAACUUUUCUCCAAACAGGGUGUAUCGAAUAACUUGAAACUUCAGCAUGUGAUUAUG